AUGUGGGUGGUUGACGUAUGGGAGCUGAUGCUUGUUCCCUGCAGCAGCAGCUAUCCCCAGACACUUCGGUGUAGAGUGUUGAAUGGCAUGCGCAUCCACAUGUGCACCCCACCAAAAACCUUCACCAGCCCGCACGAGGACACUCGGACGGCUCCCGUUUUCGCUUUUGCCCCACAUACCCCACUCAUCCCACUUGUGCUCUUCGUCUCUCGGCUGCUGCUCGCUCCGUCGCCUGUUAGUCGAAAGCCCGUUUCGCUCCCGGCUCUCGUUAGUUCUCGUGCUCGUUACGAGAGUCGUUGCCACACAAACGCCUUCCUCGGGAAGCGUCGUUGCGAUGACCACCACCAGACUGUCUGCUAA